AGAGGGGAAGUAACUCUGUCACCAUCUGUCGGCGACAUGACCGAGGCGCUUGUUCGCUGCGGCUUGACAGUGACUGCGAAUCGUUUACUUUUAAGGGAUCCUGUGAGAUGGGUAUUCCACAAAAACUUUAGUUCCCUACAGCCACAAUAUCACCAGAAGCUUUUGAGAUAUCAUCGCCCCAUAUGCGUGUCGAAGAAGAGCAAGCAACAUGGGGACAGACGUGGACAAACAGAGGGGUGUAAAAUUACUUUUGGAAAGACCUCGCUUUUCCAGAAAGUAUUUGGACGAGUGGUAACAAGGAGACAAUGGCAUCCUGGGGCAUCAAAUCUUACCCCACAAGAGCUUCAAGGGCUGUCAGAUGCAAAAACUCCAAGUGGAAGGGAAAUAGUUCAAUCUAUGUUCACCUACAUCUGGCCAAAAGACAACUAUGGAAUCAAAGUCAGGGUUAUAGCUGCCCUAUCACUGCUGGUUGGAUCAAAGUUAGUCAAUGUUCAAGUACCUUUCAUCUUCAAGUAUGGUGUGGACUAUCUCAAUGACACAUCAAACUUUCUGAAUCUUGCUGAUCCUUCCAACACACUUUUUACAGCUGGCGUGGCUAUUAUGAUUGGUUAUGGUGUUGCAAGAGCAACAGCAGCUGGUUUCAAUGAGCUUCGCAAUGCUGUUUUUGGCAAAGUUGCACAAAGCUCCAUCCGGCAUUUGGCUCGGAAUGUUUUCCUGCAUCUACAUUCGCUUGAUCUCAACUUCCAUUUGUCCCGACAGACAGGAGCUUUAUCUAAAGCCAUAGAUCGAGGCACAAGGGGAAUCAACUUUGUUUUGAGUGCCUUGGUUUUCAAUGUUGUACCAACAUUAUUUGAAGUGUCCCUUGUGACUGGUAUCAUGUACUACAAGUGUGGAUUGCCAUUUGCACUUGUCACUCUUGGCUGCAUCACAUCAUACUCUGUGUUCACACUGCUCUUCACUCAGUGGCGCACCAAAUUCCGGGUGAUGAUGAAUAAAGCAGACUCUGAGGCAGGAAACAAAGCCAUUGACUCUCUCAUUAACUAUGAGACUGUGAAGUAUUUCAACAAUGAGAAAUAUGAAGCAGACAAGUAUGACGAGUGCUUAAAGAAGUAUGAAGAGGCAUCUCUGAAGACAACCACGAGUCUGGCAGCACUCAACUGGGGACAAAAUGCCAUCUUUAGUGCAGGCAUAACUGCCGUCAUGAUCUUGGCUACUCAGAAUAUUAUGGCAGGCACAAUGACUGUGGGUGAUCUUGUGAUGGUGAAUGGACUGCUGUUCCAGCUUUCCUUGCCACUCAACUUCCUGGGCUCAGUGUAUCGUGAGGUGCGGCAGUCUCUCAUUGACAUGCAGACCAUGUUUAGCCUCCUCAACCUUUCUACAAAAAUUAAGAGUGCUGCAGAUGCACCAUUAUUGAAGAUUGGCCCUCAAGAAUCCACAAUCACAUUUGAGGAUGUUCACUUUGAGUAUGUAUCUGGCCAGAAGAUACUUCAGGGUCUUUCCUUCACUGUGCCUUCAGGCAAGAAGAUUGCCAUUGUUGGUGGCAGUGGUUCGGGGAAAUCCACAGUUGUUCGACUGUUGUAUCGAUUCUAUGACCCUCAAGCUGGAAGAAUCUUAAUAAAUGGACAAGACAUUUCUCAAGUUGAUCUCAACAGCCUGCGGAAAGCAGUGGGUGUAGUGCCACAGGACUGUGUUUUGUUCCACGACACAGUAUAUCACAACAUCUUGUAUGGCGAUCUCAAGAAAUCUGAACAGGAUGUUUACAGGGCAGCUGAAAUGGCAGAAAUUCAUGAUGCAAUCAUGACACGUUUUCCACUCAAGUACCAAACACAAGUUGGUGAACGAGGACUGAAGCUGUCAGGUGGUGAGAAACAGCGCAUUGCCAUUGCUCGAGCAAUUAUGAAAGACCCAAAUAUCCUCGUGUAUGAUGAAGCAACAUCUUCCUUAGACACAAUUACGGAACAGAAUAUUUUGCAAGCACUUCGAAGAGUGACAAAGGGUCGAACAACCAUUGUGAUCGCUCACCGCCUGUCAACUGUGGUUGAUUCUGAUGAAAUUCUUGUGUUGAAGGACGGUGCUGUUGCUGAGCGAGGAACACACUACUCACUGAUGGCUAAUCCUGUCAGCCUGUACUCAGAGCUCUGGCGAAAGCAGAGUUCUGUGCCCCUAGUAGAUGAAAAUAUCCAUGCAAAUAACAACUACAAAGAUGUUGUCAUUGAUGAGAAAAGCUCUAUACCUCAUUCUCAUUAGUGAAAAAUGGGGAUGAUGAGUAAAAGAUUGUGCAUUCAGUGAAGUAAAAAAGACCAUCUGUAAUUAUAUUAUGAAAAUAGAAAAUUUAACAAAUUUCAGUCACAUCUGGUGAUAUUAGAUUUAUAAGUUAAUAUGUUGAUUUCAAGAGACAGUUUUUAAUUUCUAGAUAUUUGCUCCUUUAGAUAGGGCACAUUGUUUUCUUUUUAAUAGGUAGGUUACUGUCCACAUGCACACACAGACAUACAUAUAUGCGUACAGACUGCAGGUACUAGAAUUUGGAGGGAAGCACUAAAGAGUGAAUGGUGAAUCUUAUAGCACAUGCAUAAACAGUAAGAAAUAUUCAGUAUGUUAAGCCUUGCUCAUUAUUUUAAUUGUUUGGGGUUUGAUAUGCAGUCUUUUUUUCUUGUGUCAACCAGGUUUUAUUUCUAUAAUUUUUAAGAAUUUAAGUCUUUCAUCUAACAAGUGUAAAACAUUUUGUUAAUGUUCAGAAUGAAGAUAAAAUGUUUGCUUGUACUUAAAUGGCAACUGUAAUCCGUAAAAUGUUAUUGUAUAUUUAAAAUUAUUUGCUAUGUGAUCCAAAACUCCUAAAAACCACACCUAGGGAAUCAAUAAUUUAAGCAUAUUGACAUAAAUGUUACUUUUGAAGUUAAAGAGUGGUACACCAGUUUGGGUUUGAUGGUUUUUUCCCUAAAGCAAUAAAAAAAUAAUUUUAAAAAACCAUUCUUGUUAAAUCUAAAUGUUUGGAUUCAUGAAGAUUUCUUUUUAAAUACUACCAAAUAACUCCAUAGUGGAUUUAUCUGUCCUUUAAAACAGUACAGUUUGUCUUUUAUCAUUAAAAUGUACUUUUACAGUUUCAGACAAUAAGUACAAGAAGUUCUUAACUCUUUUAAUUGCUUUAAUUACAUCAGAUGUGGAAACAAGCGUCACAAAAUACCAGGUGGAAAGAUAUCCCACAAUGUAACCAUAUAAUCUUAUCAAAUAAUUGUACAGAAACAUAUUGCAGUUUGCAACAUACAUUUCAAGCUGUUGUAUUUAGAUGAAACAUAAUUACUGUCAUUUAAUCAUUUAACUAUAACUGACAGAAGCAUUUGGAUGUAAACUUGCCUGAGAACAAGAAAUCAAAAAUGCUUGUUUCUUCUAUUUUGCCAUUCCCUCCUUAACAGGAAAUAGACUUUAAGAGAAAUAAAUAUGAUUGGAUUUUACAGGCAGCAGUUCCUUUCUUUCUAAUAUUGAUCACUCAAGUGAAAAGUAUUUUAAAAUUGUAAAACUUUCAUAAUAGCUUAAUUCUCAAUCAUUCAUGUAUCACCACCCCUGGGUCCAUACGGAAAGAAAUAAAGGCUGUUUCAUAAAGUA